UGCAAAAUUAAAUAAUUUAUUUUAAACAAAUGUAAGCCUGUAAAAUGUACAAUUAAAUUAUUACAUUAUUCUUUAUAUGCUACAAACGUCAUGAGUUGGUUUUCCACAUCUUUUGGCAACUGAAUAUCAUUUAUAUAACACUUAAAUUUGUUUACAAUCCUGUAUAUACUUCUUUUAACAGACUUUUUUAAUGCAGUUCCUUGUGUUAUAUUCAGUAAAUCUUGUCGACUCAGUGAAGCUGACUGCAUGGUAUGUUUUAAAACUGAGUCCAGAGUUUGUUUUACUCGUAAGAGAGCAGAAAUAAUGGUUGGUAAAUCAGUCACAAGAAUACCAUAACUAUCCUCUUUAAGUGAAUGGCAGGCAAGGAAUGAAAGACUUUCACAGGCCCAUUUAAUAGGCAAUGACAAACGGAAUGCAUGGCGAAUUCUCAUAUCUUUCCUAUUCCCAAAAAAAUACAUGAUUAUUGGAAGAUUAUUUACAAAAUCUACUUUUUUCUGCAUUGCGGACAUUGUUUCUCUGUUACUUUUUUUAACUUCAUAUUUAAUAAUAGGAGAUUCUACUGAUUCACCAUCAAGAAAAUAGUUGGUAACAUUAUGUUUUAAUGGAGGAAUUUUAGCACUUUCUUCAGCAGGUUUAGUUUUCUUUGGCUGUUUCAUGUUUGCCUCUAAAUCAUUACAAAACUCUUCAAUAACACAUAAACAUUCCUUUUUAAUAGCAUUCCACUGAUGAGGAUGACCUCCAAAACUACUCAACUUGAAGAUCUCUUCACGUCUAGACUUGUUAUGUUCGCUUAACAAAUUUAGAUCUAGAAAUGCCAGAUGCUGAAUUAUUGGGUAUUCAGACAUUUUGAGUCCCUCACAAAGAGUAAGAUUAGCCUUGUCUUGAAUGGCAUAAAAAGGAAAUAUAUGACGUUCAGUAAGACAAAUCCUUAAAAACAGUUCCAUAAUUUUCAUUGAAACAACUGUCAAAGUUGAAAAUAAGUACAAAAGGAAAAAAACCUCUAUAUUGAAAAGUCCAGCAAUGUUAUCUAUUGGUUCAUGAUCAAAAGAUAAUGAGAAGGUCUCAGCAAUGAACUCUCUAAUAACUCCACCUCUAGCAUAAUAUAGAACCAUAAAUAAUAUAUCAGGUAUUAAUACCCAUUUCAUAGAUGUCUGAAUAGUUUCUAAUAAGUGACUUUUUAUCAAAACUAAUUUAGGUAGUGGAAUGACUGGAAACUGCAAAUAACGGGUACCCAUAAAAUGACUCUGGAAGAAAUAUAUGCCAUUAAUCCACAUGCAUCCUAAUAUUAUCACUAACCUUUUUUCAGAAAAACAGUAAGCAUCUUUAAAAACACAUUUGUAACUGAAUCUUUCAUAUUCUUUGCCAACAAAGGAGGCAUAUAUCCAUGGAAUGAGAAAACCAAUUGAAAUAUGUAGCCAGGAUACAAUUAAAUUAUGAACAGAAAAUAUCUCUUUCAACAUUGAAAACCUUGAUGGAUAGAAUGGUUGAGUUUGGAUAUAAUCUUCUGUAGAUGCAGCUCCUUGUCCAAACACAAGUAUUGUUAAGGGUAUAAUAUAAAGCCAUGCCCCUUGCCAAAUGAAGCUAACAUACCACUGGUAGAACCAUCGAAGUGGGUGAAGAACGUCAGCAUUUAAAAUAAAAAGAUACAUGUUUAAGAACGUAGCAUGCACUAAAAGAUUCCAUAAUAUUGGUUUGUAAGUCCUCUGGUUGAUUAAGGGAUAAGAUGGAAAAAAAGUCAUUGUAACAGUUAUUUAUACACACCACGUUCCGAAUAAAACUGAUAAUAAUUUUAGCACAUAAUUAAUAACUCCGAACCAACAUUCAACUAAAUCUAAAUCACGGGCACAAUCAUGUGAAGCGCCAGAAAAGUUGAAAAGGCGGUUAAUCUGACCAAUCAGUUCUCGUGAGUAAUCUAGUGGAAGGUAUCAUCAGGUUACUGAUGAAGGUUAAAUUUUAACAGUCAAACUGAACUUCGACUGUGGGUUCAAAUAAUUAUAUGAUUGUAAUGCCCAACUAUAUAAUUUAUUAUUAUUUAUUGUCUGCAUACAAUAACUUAAUAUUUAGUUUCAUUCCUGUCAAAUUAUAUCUAUCCUCAAAAGAUGACUGAAAAAUUGAAGGUCCUCUGCCUCCAUGGAUGCAGACAGGAUGGUAAAAUUUUUAACCAAAAAACAGGUAGUAUGCGGCGGAUGUUGAAAAAUAUAUGUGAAUUUACCUAUGUUACUGCACCUCACAGUAUCAAACCCCUAAGUAAUGAACUGAAUAAUACAAUUAAUGAUGAUUAUGAUUAUCGAACAUGGUGGUACACUGGUGCUGAUAAGACAUAUCUUUCUAAAUUACCUAGUGACAUAGAUGAAGGUUUUGAUGAUAGUCUUGAGUUUUUAAAACAAUUCAUUAAGGACAAUGGUCCCUUUGAUGGAUUACUUGGGUUUUCACAAGGAGGAGCACUAGCUGCUCUAAUAUGCUUUUUAAUUAAAAGAAAAGAAUUUGAAGCUGACUUCAAGUUUGUUGUUUUAAUUGGUGCCUUUAAAUCACUUUGUACCCCUCAUCUACAGUAUUACAGUGACAAAAUCAGUUUACCUUCCCUUCAUGUUUUUGGAGAAGGAGAUGAUAUUAUUACCAAAGAUAGAAGUGAAGAACUUAUGUCCUUUUUUGAAAAGGCUGAAAUCUUGAAACACAGUGGUGGCCACUACGUACCAUGUUCAAAAGAACAAAAAGAAUCUUAUUUAAAAUUCUUCAAAGAGAUGCUUUCAAUGAAGGAACAGCUAAAAAUUGGAUCAUAGCUUUUUUGUCCACAAUUUCCAUUUUUCAAGAAAUGAAAAAAAAAAACACUUAAUAAUCAAUGAAAAUAUAUUACCUUUAUAAAGAAUUUCAAUUGUUCCUAUUUUACUAAUAUUACUAAUGCUCAGAUUAAUAUGGUAUAUUUGUGGCAAAAAUCCAGCAGACCAAUCAUUGUAGAUGAGAACAAUAAAUAUGACAUUAUUUGAA